GAGGGAGGGAGGUGGAGAGAGCUGAUACAGAGAGGUUGAUCUGAGCGUGUGCAGAGGCGUGUUUCAGCAGACGGAGCCGAGCAGGAGUCAGACCGUCGCCCUGCAGAGGAGGAGGAGGACAGCUGGACCGAGCUUCUUCAUCCGCAGACAUCAGGAAGCUGCUUCAGUCUGAAGACCAACAGGUGUGAGUCUCCAUGGCAAUAGACGUCUUUGUGCUGCUGAGCGUCUGUCUCACUGCAUGCGGGGCUUUCAACAUCGACACGUCAUUUCCAGUGCUGAAGACAGUCGGAAGCAAGAAUCUGUUUGGAUUCUCUGUCGCUCUGCACGAGGAUUUGAAGACAGGGAAGCACCUGCUAUUAGUCGGAGCUCCCAGGGAGAAGGCGGAGCCUAAUGUUCCAGCCAAUCAAACAGGAGGCGUGUACAGCUGCCAAGUCACAGCUGACCAAUCAGAAUGCAGUAGGAUGAAGCUCAUAGAUCCAAACCUGAGCCCCACUGAGGACCUGGUUGAGGACAUGUGGUUGGGGGUCUCAGUAGCCAGUCAGGGCCGGCCUGGAGGGAGGGUCCUGGCAUGUGGUCAUCGGUUUGUUAAGGUGUACAAAGGGGAGAGACGGAUGGUUGGCCAAUGUUACCUCCAUAAAAACGACCUGCGUAACAAAGAAGAUCGGGAGAACUGGAAGUCAUCACAGGACCAUUGCAAUUACCUUAAAGAUGAAUCUGGUGAGGGCAUGUGCACUAAAGGCAUCUCCGCCUUCAUCACGCAGACCGACGCCAUCUUCGGCUCACCUGGGAGCUACAACUGGCAGGGAGAUGUGCAGGCCCUUUGGAUGAAUCCAGACGAUGAGUUUGAUUAUUCGAAGCAGUCUAUAAAACAAAACAGGAGUCAAAGGAACAUUUAUUUAGGAUACUCAGUCACCCAGGCCAGUCAUCUUCUUUCUGGAGAGAGUCAAACCAUCGUAACAGGGGCCCCAAGGGACAAUAAACUGGACGCUCAUGGUUCUGUGAUGCUGUUGGUGAAGCGGUCCAACAAUCUGGUGAUUCAGCAGACUCUACGAGGUCAACAGGUCGGCUCGUACUUUGGUAACGCCGUGGUAGCCGUUGACCUCAACAGAGAUGGCUGGAAUGACCUGCUGGUGGGCGCUCCAUUUUUCUUCAGUCGGAGGCCGGAGGCGGGAGGGGCAGUUUACGUUUACAUGAACGGAGGGGGGAGGUUCCACUCUGAACCAAGCGUGGUUCUGAUGGGUCCUGAUGGAUCUGCUUUUGGAAUGGCAGUUGCUGCUGCAGGAGACCUCAACCAAGACGGCUUCCAGGACUUUGCAGUGGGAGCUCCUUUCUACGAUACAGGACGUGUAAUGAUCUGGACCGGCAGCAAAGAAGGUGUCUCUACAGAACCAAGUCAGGUGAUCCAGGGCAGCACUGUGUUUCCUGGGUUCAGGACCUUCGGGUACUCCCUGGCUGCAGGUGCUGAUGUUGAUGGGAACAAUUAUCCAGACCUGCUGGUCGGCUCUCUGGAUGACACAGUUGCCCUCCUCAGAUCUCGCCCAGUCCUCCAGCUGAGUAACACGCUCAACGUUUCUCCGUAUGUUGUGGACCCAAAUGACUGUGACUUCUGCAUCGAGGUGGAGCUGUGCUUCUUCUUCAAGGUCAACGCUGGAAGAACCAUCAGCAACAUCACCGUCAACGUCACUGUGGCUGCUGACGUCACCAGCUUCAAGCCCCGCCUCCGUUUCCAUGACAACAGAGAGAGCGUGCACUCCAGUGUCCUGUCAGUUUGGAACAGAAAGUGUGAAACGCUGAAGGUCGGAGUCCUGAGUACAAUCCAGAACGUGGUGGAACCUCUGGUGUUCUCUCUGACGGCGUCUCUCCAUCAGAACCUUCCCAACAGAGGCAACGUUGUUCAGGACCUGAGACGCCUGCCUGUUCUCAGCCAGAAACCUCAGCCCAUCAGAACCCAGAUCCACUUUCAGAAAGCCUGCGGUUCCGAUAAUGUUUGUCACAGUAACCUUCACAUGGUGGCCCAGUUCACACAUGAGAACCAGGAACCCUUCCCCAGGCAGAACGGCAGCCAGCUGCUGAAUUACGACAGCAGCAUCAGGAGGUUGCUGCUGCAGGUCAACGUCAGCAACACCGCGUCACCGGGUCGGCCCGCAGAGGACGCUCAUGACACCAUCCUCAACGUCAGCAUCCCGCCGUCGCUCGUUUACGCUGGGGUGGAAAAACAGACGAUGGAGGGGGAGAUCUCAGGAUCCGUUGAGUGUUUUGUUGACAGCGUCACUCUCCUCUGCCUGCUGGGGAAUCCUUUCAGGAGCAACCAGAAGGCUCAGUUGUUCAUCAAGUUUGAGCCAUCUGAGAUCGCUUUGGACACCAGGGAGAUCCGGUCUCAGCUGCUGCUGUCCACGCUGAGCGAGCAGCCACACCUGCCUCCCGUCUCUGUCUCCUUGCUGGUGGAGUAUUCCCUGCAGGCGUCCAUCACGCUAACCAAGCCCGUCCAAUCUUCUUCAGUGGCCCACGUGAUCGGUGAGCAGGCCAUGAAGAGGACCGAUGACGUUGGCAGUCUGGUGGUCUUCACCUUCAGGUUUUGUGUUCUCCGACAGGUGCACGUCCUGGGGAAGCCUCUGGGCCACCUGGGUAACCUGGAGGUGGAGUUCGACUGGCCGAAGGAGCUGGCGAACGGAAAGUGGCUGCUGUACCUGACGGAGAUCCGCUUGGACGGCACCCGAACCGUCCAGUGCACCCCCGAUGACAUCAUCAAACCCUUAAACCUCCAGAUGUCCGAUGAGGAGAAGAGGAUGGGGAGGAGCCUGGAGGUGGAGGAGGAAGAGGAGGAGGAAGAUCAGGAAGGGACAACUUUCCCUGUCCUCAGCAUGCAGAGACAGAGGAAAGUCCUCACACUGAGCUGUAGCAGCGGGGCCCGAUGCGUGAAGUUUUCAUGUCCUCUCCUAAACAUGAACAAGUCUGCAACGCUGACGGUGAGGAGUCGACUGUGGAACUCCACCAUGAUCGAGGACUACAGCGAUGUGAGCAGCGUGUUGGUUCAAGGCCAGGCCACUUUGAGGCUGAAGACCACCAGGAGCACCAUCAACGUGAAGUCCUUCCCCUCCCAGAUUGAGCUCCACGUUUACCCAGAGGCUGGACUGCAGCAGAACUCCGGCAUCGCCCUGUGGAUCAUUGUGCUGUCAGUCCUGGCUGGAGUGCUUCUGCUGGAAGUCCACAACCUGAAGUUCCAAGCCUUCAGCUGA